AUGUCACUUUGAAUUAGCUGGGUGAGUAUUUUAAUGCUCAGCAGUUUACUAGAAAAUAUUCAAUGAAUACUUCUAGGUUUACGCUUAAAAAACCAACAGUUGAGAACAUCAUGUUCAGUAAGGUGGAGGGUCGUCCAUAGGAACUACACCUUCGACCAUCAAAGUUGGGCCUAAAAUAAAAAUAAUUAUUUGGCAAACCUAAUUUUGAAAUUCAGUAUAUAUGCUUGUUCAUACCAUUUGUGUGAAAUGUCUGCAUGUAUGGAUUUGGGUAAGAUGGCAAGCAAGGUGCUCCUGCAUCUCCAGGUCGUGGCAAACGAUCAUUUAGGGUUUCCAUGUUCAUGUAGUCCUGUAUUGGCCUUGAUGGUUGGCAUUCUACCAAAUUCAAGAGGGAGCUAGUAUAUGUAACAAAUGUUGGCCUCUCAUGACUAUUGCCAUGAAAGUUGUUGAUAAGGCUCUUGAAGAGGACUUUGGUUUUGAGCAUCGUCUAUGGGUUUACAGUGGUCGAAGAGGUGUCCAUUGUUGGGUUUGUGAUGAAGCAGCCAGAAAAUUAUCCCAAAGCUCACGUUCUGCUGUUGCUGAAUACCUUAGUGUUAUAAAGGGGGGAGAGAAUCAAUUAAAAAAAGUUAAUUUGCCAAUAAAACUCCAUCCUUCAUUGUGGAGAGCAUCAACCAUUUUGGAGAGUGAUUUUAAAACACUAUUGUUGGAAAAACAAGACAUUUUAUCUGAUAAAGAAACUUGGAAAAAAGUUCUGGCACUUAUUCCUGAUGAAAAUGUAAAAAAGAAUUUGAAUCUGUCGUGGGAGAAAAGUCAAACAUCAAAAGAAAGAUGGAAAAUUCUUGAAUCGGAAAUGGAUAAAAAAAUUUCAAAUCAUCGACUGGAGAUCAUUUUUCAAUAUUGCUAUCCCAGACUUGAUGUGAAUGUUACUAAAGGACUCAAUCAUUUGCUGAAAAGUCCUUUCUGUAUUCACCCUAAAACAGGUCGUGUUUGUGUUCCUAUUGACAUCACGAAAGUUGAUCAUUUUGACCCAUUCACAGUGCCUACAAUAAGUCAAUUGUGUGAAGAAAUCAAUGACAUUUGCCAAAACACGUCAAACGAUGAAAAUAUACCUCCGCAAAAUUUUCGAGGUUAUAAAAGUUUAUUGUUGAAAGAUGCUAUGGAUGUGUUUGAAAGAUUUAUACUUAAGCUUGACAAGGAAAACCAUGAUAGGAGAACGAGAAAGAAAGAAUCAAACGAGAAAACAAUAGAAUGGUGAAAUAUGGAUUAAAUGAUCAUUUAUAAUUGGCUAUCUAUUGUGUAGUUUUCUUGGAAUCACUUGUAAUGUGGUAUGAAAUAUCUGAUAUUGAAAAUGGAAAUAAAUGACUUUGAAAACGUAGGUUUUUCCCGUUGAAAUCAAAAACCGAAAAGCAAAUGGAUAACGAGUAAUACUGAUAUAUUAAUGAAAUUUCAUUUUUAAUUCAAGUUUCGUAUGUAAGAUAAAGCUCUACACUUUACCAAACGUUUGCGUCUUUACCCAAGGAUGACCUGUGUUAGCGUUGUGGAAUUUCUAACUUUCUUGUAGGGCGCGGUUAUCGAGCUCUAAGCGCACUAAAUAAAAGUUCAUUGAAAUUGCUCCACAAAACAUGCAAUAUGCAUAAAUAUUUUCCUCGCUUAUAAUGAAGAAUUUAGUUUUAGUUUUAAAUCGUUUCUUUUAGUUUAGAGAAACAUUAGCUUUUGUUUGACAGGCAUAUGAUAUGCACGUGAUGGAAUAAUGAAUGACAUCAUUUAUUGCAAUAUCACUACGUAAAAAAAGCGGGAUCAUCGUAAUUUUUAUGACAUCACUUUCGUUAUCUUGGAUUGCUUUUUGACUUUGGGAAAAAAUUUUUGAUUUUUAAUGCUGAUUCAUUCGAAAAUUUUAUCGAGUAAUCCUGACGCUGACGACGUCAAAUCUAUUUUGAGAAUAAUUAUUUUAGUAAAGAGAAUACGUAAUCGUUACGUAUUAUACUAUAAGCCAACCACUAACUUGCAAAUGGCACGUGACCAUACCAUAUAAAUUAUGGGCAUGCUUACGAGUGCACGCUAGGUUUGUCGUUUGAAAGUUGUCGAAAGGAGACAUUUUGUCACGCCUGAAUUAAAGAAA